AUGGCCAACAAGUUCAAGCAGCACCUGCACGCGUCGACGUCUAUGGUGGUCGACAAAACUUCGUACUUGUACCUGCGCAAGAAGACGCAGCACGAACCGCCCCACUUCAUGGCGUUCCAUGCUGCCGACCCCGGGGAUGCCGAGUACUCAGAGUACAUGGCAGCGUGGCUACAGACCAACGCCACCAUCCGCAGCCUGGACAACGUCGUGCUGUAUGCGGUGGAGGUCAACCUAGGAAAAAUGCGAUGGUCCAUCCGUCGGCGGUACUCUGAGUUCCGCGAGUUACGGCAGUGCAUGAUCAAACACAUGUCGAAGCGAAGCAGCUGCUGCAUGAUCUGUGGCGCGAUGCUGCAGGGGUUGGAGGCGCUGCCGUUUCCACCAAAGCGACCGUCGCUGUUCUACAAGGCGGGGGUGGAUUUGGACUCGCGCCAAGCCAAGCUCCAAGAGUUCGUCAUCCUGCUCGUGGGGGUGAUUCAAAUGCUAAGGCAACACCAAAUGCUCAUGCAAUCCAGCGCGGGAUUCGUCAAGCGCAACAAGACGCAGUGCGACGUGUCCGACCUGCUCCGGGCCGUCGAGGCAUUCUUUGCGCUAGACUUCAGUCGAUACACGCGGUUUCUGGCCGAGCGAGGGGUGCUGCAGCCCAACGAAGUGUUGCUGGCAUGAGCGACACUCUGUUCGAUAGCCCCAACACAGAGUAGUACUUAACGAACCAUAGUAUUUACAGUUAGUCACGACAUUCUUACCCCCGUUACUACAGUAGUUAAGCCAUCGUGUCAAACCUGUGC